GUGUGUAAGUUAUCUUCGUGCCGCAGCAGCAUGUGGUAGGGCGCUUUGGGAGUAGUAUUCGGAAGCCCACUAAUUGUCAUUAAUUCAUUUUUUUUCUUCGUUUGUUUCAACGAUUUCGACGCCACUGCUGACGCUUGGUGUUACGUCACCAAAGAUACCCCUGCCGCCACAAUCAGUCAGAAGCCAGCGUUUUUGGUCUAUAAUCAAUCAGUUGCCUAGCGGGCAAUCAAUCUGUGGACACGAAUUGUUCCCGUUUCGUCGUGUAGAAUGAGUUCCAUCCUAAUCACCGGUUGCAAUCGAGGGCUCGGCCUUGGGCUGAUAAAGUGUUUCUUGAAGCUGUCGCCUUCGCCGCAGCAUAUAAUCGCUACUUGCCGCGAUCCGCAGCAGGCUGAGGAACUCAGCUCGCUGGCCCAGCAGCACUCGAACCUACAUUUGCUGCAAAUCGAUUUGAAGGAUGUCGACCGAUACGAGCAGUUCGCCGCGGAAGUAAACUCAAUCGUGGGCGAUAACGGGCUAAACGUGUUGUUCAACAAUGCCGGCGUAUCGCCGAAAUCUACCCGGCUCAAUUUCGUGAAAAGUGACGACUUGGUGGACACGUUCCUAACCAACACUGUGGCACCGAUAAUGCUCACAAAGACACUUACACCCCUGCUGAAGAAAGCGGCCGAAGCGAACGCCUCGACUCCGAUGGGACCCCGCAAGGCAUGCAUCAUCAAUAUGAGCUCGAUCCUGGGCUCGAUCGAAGCCAACACGGACGGAGGAUUGUAUGCUUACCGGACGUCCAAAUCUGCCCUCAAUGCCGCCACCAAGUCGAUGAGUAUCGAUCUGAGGUCGAACCAGAUUAUGGCCGUCGCGAUGCAUCCCGGAUGGGUUCGAACCGAUAUGGGUGGAUCGAAGGCUCCGCUGGCGGUGGAGCAGAGCUGCGAGCAGAUGGUGCAGACGGUGCUGAGUUUGGGUGAGAAACACAACGGAGGAUUUUUGCAGUAUGACGGGAAGGAGCUGCCCUGGUAGAUGAUUGAUUCGUUGAAUACAAUUGUUAUCGAUAGGAUAUCAACUUUUGAUAAGAGUUGAACAAUCCCAUUUGUUGAGAGCUUCUUCGAUGAAGCUUGUUUAAGAUAAGACCUGUAGGAAAUAAAAUAUUGCAAACACGAUAAAUCGAACAAGACAAUUUAAGGGAUUUCUUUAAAAAUGAGUUCACCCUACAUAUGGUCUUCUAAAGUUGAAUAUAGUUGUAUAUUGAUAUUAGAGGGAUUGUUAUUUUCAUUGUCAACAGUGGAUUAUAGUGUAUAGUAUAGCCCUACUAUUCAGCUGGAUUUUUGUUUGGAUUCAUAAGUUACCUUUUUUUUGGAUCUGUUUGUCAUUUGUUACGUCUUCUUCUUCUUGAAUGGCGUUAACGUUCCCUGUGGAACUUUUGCCGUCUCAACGUAUGCAUUAAUUAGCGUCAUUUAUUAAUACUUAGUUGAGAUUUCUUAAGCCAAAUAACACGCCUUGAAUGUAUUCCGAGGGGCAAACUCUUGAAUACGCGUGACCACAGUGCAAGUCGAAGGAAAUUUCUUUGACGAAAAAUCCUCCGGCCAGAACGGGAAUCGAACCCGAACACACGGCAUGACAAUGUGAGACGCUAACCACUCGGCCACGGGUGCACUCAUUUGUUACGUGUAAUAAUUGAUAUUGGGAUGCUACACUCAGCACACACAC